AUGUCAUACCUGCGUAACACAACUUCAUCAAGUUAUGCAGAAACGGAGCCUAUAGAGAUACCAGUUAACAGGACUGAAACGGAACCGUAUUCCUCCUCGCUGCAGGGCUCUCAGGUAAAUUCGGAGGCAAUCACAACAUCUACACGACUUAUAGACUCAUCAAGUUCAAGCAUUGACAAAUAUGGAUCUGGUGGACUGACCCCUCAAGAUAUGAAUCAUGGUGUUACGAGUUCCUACUUUGAUAGCAAUUAUAACAAUAACAUCGCGAGCAAUAAUCAUACGGAUACCAACUUUAACAAACAUGCUGGAAUAAGCUCAUCAUUUAUUGACAAUACUAGCGGUGUAAGCAGUUCGUUGGACUCAGGGUCUAACCUUCGACAUUCAAAUUUAUCCGGUAAUUUUCUUCCCAAUGAUACUCAAUCAAAUUCAAAUGUACUGAUACCUGUUAAGGCUGUAUCAGAGUUAAGGAUAGACGAUGAACAGACAGGAAGUUCAUCUACUUCCCAGCCAGACCAUCAUUCCAAUGAUGAAACACAACAUUCCCUUAAUAAUAACAAUCAUCAUAUGGAUAUUGCGACAUUUCCUACUUAUAAAUUGUUAGAUAUGCUUACGGGACUUCUUACGAAGAUAAUCAAAUCAAACGACUCGCUUGGAUCCACUCCAAAUUUCGAAACAUCUCAGGGGAAAAACAUACCUCUUAUGAGAGAAAUACUGAGUUUUAGAGGUAAACAAGUACCAGGAAUAACAUUGAAACAAUACUUUCAAAGAAUUCAAAAGUAUUGUCCGACGACGAACGAUGUGUUACUCUCGCUUUUGGUCCAUUUUGAUAGAAUAGCAAAAAAAUGCAAUGCCAUUGCACAAGAGUACAUGGUAUCUGUCGUGUCUACACCGGAUAAGACGACGGCUUCGCUAGCACAUCAGUCAUCUCCACAACUUUUCGUGAUGGACUCUCAUAACAUUCACAGGCUUAUCAUUGCAGCGAUAACGGUAAGCACCAAGUUUAUCAGUGACUUUUUCUACAGUAAUUCAAGAUAUGCGAGAGUUGGCGGUAUCUCGUUGCAAGAAUUGAAUCAUUUAGAACUCCAGUUUUUGAUCCUAUGUGAUUUUAGAUUGAUAAUCAGUGUGGAAGAGCUACAAAGGUACGCAGAUUUGUUGUACAAAUUCUGGGACAAGGAAAAGCACUUAUAUCAAUCGGUAUCACAACCAACCAAUUCAUCAUUAAUUGCAUGA